UUGAGAAAAUCUCCACCUUAAACCAUCAUAUUAUUUCAGAAAUAAAAUCCAAACCCUUAGCUUUAGCUUAUAGCCUUGAUAGUCUGAGGCCAACCAAACUUCCAAGAAAAUGCAGGAAAAUUGCUGCCUUCCAGUAACUUACACUGGCACAGUUUUCAGUUUUCCUUUAGCAGACGCUUACUGGAAGAUUUUUGCUUCUGUGUUUUACAGUUUUUAGCAAGCAAAUGGCAAGUGGCUGGGGAUAAAAGCAGAAGCAGCUCGACUGAAGGACACUGUCACCUAACACAACUUCUGUGCAAAAAGAAGGAAAGAAAUCCAUGUCCGAGGUCUCUAUCACCCGACAGUUGGCUCAAACGACGUCAUCGCCUUCCCGGUUUAACGUCAUUAGCUGUACACAUUUCGUAUGGUGAAGAGAAACAAAAUACAGGAUUUCCUGUUCUACAGCCACUGUACUGGGCUGCAGAUGCCGGCAGGAUUCCAGCGCUCGGAAAACAUGUGGAAGUUUAACGAGGAGCCGCUGGGGCUGGGAUGGCUGCGAAAAUCGGUAGGAAAUAAAAGCAGAAAGCUCGCUCCUGCUGCUCUCUAGCAUGGAUGUCACCCCCCUGAAGGAUGGGACUCAGAGGAAGAUACCCUCCACCCACCUUCAUCACCCCAUGAGCAAGGGGACUCAACCGAGAUGGAGAGCAACGCAUCCUCCGGGAACUGUACCGAUCCCCAGAUGUCCUUCCAGUCCACCCUGUACGCAACCACGUACACCCUCAUAUUCAUCCCCGGCCUCCUGGCCAACAGCGCUGCCCUGUGGGUCUUGUGCCGCUUCAUCAGCAAGAAGAGCAAAGCCGUCAUCUUCAUGAUCAACCUGGCCAUGGCCGACCUGGCUCACGUCCUCUCGCUGCCCUUACGGAUGUAUUACUACAUAAACCACACCUGGCCGUUUGGAAGUUUUCUUUGCCAGGUGUGCUUCUACCUGAAGUACCUCAACAUGUACGCCAGCAUUGGUUUCCUCACCUGCAUCAGCAUCCAGCGGUACCUCUUCCUCCUCCAUCCCUUCAAAGCCAAGGACUGGAAGCGGCGGUACGACGCGGCCAUCAGCGCGGCCGUCUGGCUCUUCGUCGGGGCGGCGUGCUUACCCCUGCUCGUAGUGAGGACCCCAGCCCUGUCCAACAGCACAAACACGUGCUUCUCAGACCUGGGGGUGAAGCAGCUGAGCCCGGGAGACUCCAUCGCGCUGGUGACGGUGGCGGAGCUGUUUGGGUUUGUCAUCCCCUUUGGCAUCAUUGCGUGCUGCACUUGGAAGAUGUGGCAGUCCCUGCGGGAGUGUCCAACGCAGCUGCAAAACACUAGCGAGAAGCAGAAGGCUUUACGAAUGGUCUUGAUGUGCGCGGCCGUCUUCUUCAUCUGCUUCACCCCCUACCACAUCAACUUCCCUUUCUUCAUGAUGGUGAUAGAGAACAUCAUCCAGGACUGUGCCGUUCACAGGAGCACGCUCCGCUUCCACUCCAUCUCCCUCUGCCUGGCAAGCCUCAACUCCUGCCUGGAUCCGGUCCUCUACUACUUCAUGACCUCCGAGUUCCAGGACCAGCUGCUGCACCACAGCUGUGCUGCCCUGCGAGCUUGGUUCACACGCCACGGGAGCAACCUCUCCAUCACCAAAACCGGCCACAACAUUCGUAUGAAAAAGAGAAACCUUCCACGCUUUAGGUUUUGGUCUCUUCCCAAGUUCUUCAGCCAAAUAAACAGCAUGGAAAUGCCCCCUGCACCGCCUGACGAGCUUCUACUGGAGUCCAUCUCUUGAAACAUAAGCCAUGUCUCUCCGUGUAGGUGCUUCUCAUAGCUUCAGUGAAGAUUGCGCUAGGACUCCAAAUAAGUCUUGAAUUACCCUUGUGUGUAACAGAUGCCAGUAUCUGACCUAGAAGGACAUUUUGAUGGAAAAAGGUUUGCUGGUUGUGUUGUUGGGGACUGUUUGCCUUACAGCUUUCUCCAUCACGUUAUUGUUAAAUACCUGAAACAGCCUGAUGUCAGUAUUUCUCCUGUGCUGAACUGCAGCCAGGUUUGGGUCCUCUCUCAUUUCUGUUGUUUCAGUAUUUCUACAUAUUUGUCAUUUUUGAAAAUCCUUCUGAAUCCCGAGUUGUAAGCAGGCGGCUCGGCCUCAGCGCAGCUCGGGGAGGUAGCACCAGGGGAGCUUCAGCCCCGACCGCAGCUACCUGCGGCCCGUGAUGACUUAUGGCAUCCACCGUGCUCGCGUGAGGCUCUAGAUGAGGACAGUUAAUUAUCUCCAGGUAAACCAAACCUCUUUCCAUUGCAAAAAAUCCAGUCACCUGGACCUAAUCUGGACUGCAAGACUACAACUUUCCCAACAUAUAUCAAGCAAAGAUUAUUAACCUAUAUCCAUAUCGGCAGUAAAAGGAGUUUUCAAAUGAACUGAGCUCAGCUCAUGCUACUGAAAAAGGCACCCAGAGCUGAGCAAGGGAGUCCACCUAGCUCCCGGGGGCUACGGGGUGCUCGGCUGAUUACGGGGGGAUGAAUAUGGCACAAGCAAAGAGCAGGAAGGAUGAAGGACAUCUCCCAGGGCACAUUUACUUGCCGAGACCCAGCGCGAGCCGCAGGAUGGAGGACUUGUAGCUGGCGUUGCCAUCUCUUGUGUUGUUACUGGGAAUCUUGUGUUAUUUGGCAUUUUGCUAAAGCCUGUGGUUGCAGAUUAAGAUGUUAUCCAAGCCUCUCAGUUUUGCUUUAGAAACCAAAAAAGGUCCUAGCCCUUGCUGGGUACUAAGAAAAGUUUACAAAAAUCUUAAGCAUCCUUAAAGCUUCAAACUCUGGAGGAAAUAAAAUUAUCGCAAC